AAUAAAAGCCAGCUGUGAGUGUUCUGGGAGUUGGAGGCCUGGACUGCUAAUGUUAGCCGCGCUGCGCUAACGUCAUUUAACUGCACUGGCAGCUGAAAGGGAGCUAGCAAGGCGACUCUGACAGCACUACGACAACUUCCUCAGCGCUGGCAGACACUUAUGCUUGUCAGGGUUUUUUUUCUUAGUUCCUCUUUGUUUGUCACACAGUAAUUUUCGGGCGUUGCUGUCUUAAAAUUUGGAAAUAUAAGCUAAUAUUAACACUAAGGUAGCUUAGUAUUGAGCUAAACCAUUUAGUACGACGCCAUUUCAGUCUUUAUGAAAAAUUGUUAUGAUCCAUAAGUGUGUCAGCUAACACCGACGUGUUUAAAUCUCUCGAAAAUUCUCACAGCAGCCCCCUUCUUCUCACAGUCUAAUUGUUUCCAUUGUCUUGUACGUCAUAUGAGAGGUCAGGAGACCAAGCACAUUAUUCACUUAUUCUACUUUUGAAGAGGAGUCAGUGGAUGUACUCCUCUCCUUUUGUCUGUGGUUGUGCCUUUAGAGUUGUCUCUUUACAGCAGUAACCAGGCGGAGGGAUGAGUCUCUCCCCUGUGAUUGGCACAGAAGUGCCAGAAACGGCAAACGGGGUAGCGACACCUGUUGCACUGGAGAAUGGCCCUCAAGCUCCGGUCUCAGUGAAAUGUUCAAGUAGAGUACCAGGUACCGGGGAGGCAUCUGUGGAUGAGUCCCACAUGCACACAGAGAACCAUGCUGAUGCUAAUAUGGAAAACCUAGUUCACCAUGGGAAAGGCCACUUGGACACAGAGAUGGACAUGAAUGAGAGAACCUCUAGCUUAUCAUUACAAAGCCCUGAGGAGGCAAACCCCUCCCUCCCCACGGUGACAGGCACAGGAGAAACAGAUCUAGGAUCCAAAGACAUUCCUGAUGAAGCCUCUAAGACUGUGGACCCUGCUGAUGCAGUUCUUCUGUGGGACUCAGCAUUGCACAGGCAGUCCAAAGACUCGUAUCAGCAAGGACACCCAGUCACCACAGAAAGGCAGCAGACAGAAGCAGAGACUGCGGAUGGAGGCUCCAACAGCCAAGAGGAGGAUGUAGAUGGAGAGACAGAGAAACAGGAUGUGGAGGAGGAUGAGAAGAAUGAAAACAAGUUGGAGAAUCAGCGCGCCGGAAGGAGAACAAAGGUGGAAUCUUCACAACGCUACUCAUCUUCAGCCCCUGGUCCGAGUACCUCCACCUCUUCUUCUCCUCCACCUCCUCUUCUUUCUUCAGAUGAUACCCCUUGCCCUCCUCACAUCAUGGCCCAGGUCUGGGUUCGCAAUGUGCGGGGAAUGCAGGACAGCAAGAGCCUGGAUGAAAUUAGUCAAGCGUGUGGAGGUGGUUCAGGGGCUCGAGGAGGGGGCAGAAGUGGCCAGUCAGAGGGCCGAAGGGCCACCAUCUCCUCGGCUUUGGAACUAGAGGGUACAGUCAGUCAUGAUGGAGACCUGACUAACUUCAUCACAAAAAACCUCGAGCAGAAGAUCAAAAUGAGCUCCAAGCCUAGUCUGGACUGCAGUGACUCGGACUGUUCGGGUCCUAUUUACCGAAGUCGAGGGUUGACACGGCGACCAGCGGAUAUACCACCCAUUGAUCCCACCGUCCUUUUGGACCUUCAGAGACACACCCAGGAAGUGGCACACAGUGUGGAGGUGAUGAUGCGGAGCCUCAAUGGAACCAUCCAAAAUAUGACAGCUCUGAGUGUGGGGUAUAUCCAGACCUACAGAGACUCAGUGGACAGCCUGGGAGAGUCUGUAGAUAUGAGUAUAAAGGGCAUGUAUACACUAAUGGCUCGCUGCGAGGAGUUGGAUCGUUCCAUGCAGCCCAUACACAACCUGGCUACGCAGAUACGCGAUAUCAAACGCACCCUUGACACUCUGGAGGCAAUUUGCAAGUAACACCAUAAACAAACAUCCCAGAUGCAAAGGUCUAGCAUCAGGCGCAUGUGUGCAACCCACCCACCCAUGUGCAGGUAGCACACACACACAUACUGCAGCGAAGACACCCGUGGAGUCCGGGAACUGUUGCUGCUCGGCAUGUUGGAUUAUUGGCACUCCUAGUUCCUCUGGACUGGCUUAGACGUUCCUCAUGUUUGUGUUGUGAGAUCUCAGAUGAACUGUGCUUAUUUCGCUCUUCAGGCUGAGCUUUUUCCUUUUCACAACAUUUACGCUAUCCAAGUUGUCAUGAAACAAAAUCUCACAAAUUAACCAAUUUUAGAGACACUUGUACCGUGGACACAUGCACAUGGACAGAUCUUUAAAGAAGGUGGGAUAAUGGGCUCUUUUUUUGUGUUUUGUUUUUUCACUUCACUGUCUAAAAGGAGUGAGUUGGUCUCCGUCCAGCCUGCUUGGUUCAGAUUGCACUAACCUCUGUUCCCCACAUGGAGGUGAUGUUUCGUUCUCCGUCUCUCUGCCACUGGAGAGGCAAUAAUAAACUGCUCAGAAGGCGGUGACUUUUGCACAGGAACAGAAAGUCUAUUUUUUAAUCUUAUGCAACAAGGGUCAGAUUCUUUCACUGCAAGAGAAAUUACAGUUGUGUCAUGUCUGUUUGUCCUUACGUGUUUUGUGUGUUUUCAGUUUCCUCAGCAUGCGUGCUUGUUCAAAAACACUGAAACUUUGUGCCACUGGGAACCAGUACAGUCCGUACUCUGUCAGUGCAGUCCAAGAUGAUGUUGAGUACAUAACUGGAAAAAUAUGUUGUGCAGCCUUCGCAGUGGCUUUAAAUAUUACGUGUAAGAUUAACAGCUUCAGGUAUUUAAUUUCCUUUGACUUUUAGAUGCCAUUUAUAAGGCUGGAUACUGACGUUGAUCUCCUGAUUUUAAUUCUUCAUUAUUCAGCUGCAUCACAUCUUGAGAACCUAAAUUCUUACAUCCUAUAAAACUGUAAAACUAAGUAAAGUGCAUCUGAUGGGCUAAAUUGUAAAACACAAUCAAGGGGCAGCAUAAUUGUGCGUAACUUAAAAAUAAAAGCAUUGUAACUUUGAGCACACGCAGGACUGAAUGUCUCAUCUCAUUCUCGUUAGCACUGUUUGUGCUGAGAUGGCUAGCUUACAUUAGCAACCCAAGAGACUGACUGGAUUAAGUAAAUUCAUGACUUGCGUGCCUCCAUAACUUGUAGCCAGAGAUAACAUCUCAUCUUGUCAUCAAACACAAACCAAGGGCUCAGAUCAGUGUGCAGUCUUCUUUUUUUCAGUCUGUCCCCCUCGUGAUUAUAGUCGUGACUCAAUGUGGCUUUAUAAAACAAGAUUCAUGUGCACAUUGUGACAACUCUAUUUCCAAGGUUUAAACACUUUACACUCUAUGCAGCUCUGACUGAAACCACUUAGAAAAAUUAACCACUGCAGCCACACAAAACUGAGAAUAACGAGAAAAAAAAAAAAGCGAAGAUUGAUUUCCAGUGAAAUCUAAAGCUGUUGAAAGUCUUUUUAUUUCCAGGCGAGUAACUACAAAAACACUGCUCAGUGUCAUUAAUUGUAUCGUGUUUGGUUAGGUUCCUGUUCACCCAAUUUAAAGAAAUGAUUUAUGCAUUAGAAUUUGCUCCAUUCAAAAACACAUUUUAAAUCCAUUAAACUGCUCUUGAAUGAUUGUGAGGGCUUUGCCAGCUUUGGACUUAAAUCAGCUGCUAAACGUGGUGAAUGACUCAAGUUGGAGGUUUUGUAGUUUUCUGUUUUACUUUGGUGAAGAUGGGUACUUUUGCAUUUAAUAAAUGUGUUUGAAACAUGGAAAAUCAAAUGCUAAAAAUUAAUUUUGAUUCACAGUUCUGACUUUUGAUUGCACCGAAGGGUUGGAGAGAAAUUACUCAGACAGCAGAUAAACUGUUGUGCAACUUUUUAUAAUGUCAGCACAGUGGACACAGUGUUACAACAAAAAAGAGCUACGGCCUGUGGAUGUGAGCUAAGGUGGUUUACUUAAGUAUUUAUUAAUUUACCCAAUGAUAAAGCCAGUGAGUGCAGCGUCGCCCUGCUGUUGUUCCCAGCCUUUUUUAAUUUAAUGAAAUGUCUGCUGUAAUUGCACUUGUAGGAUUAAUCUAGAUCAGAGUAUGUGUUGAAGAUCUUCAUUCUAAGAGCGAACCUUAUUAUAGAUGUCAUUUGGAAUGAGGAGUCUUGUUUUGGUUGUCUUACACUGGACUCUGCAUACAUUUCUGUCAGUAGCGUUUCAAGAUUAAUCCAAACCAAAUACUGAAGUCAUUUUUAAUCUAAAAUGUUGUCUGAGCAAUACUGUAAGCAAGGUAAGUAUACAUUUUAAUCUUGAACAUAAUAUUGAAGCUUAAUUCAGCCAUUAAAUCACUUUCAAACAUCUUUACGAAGUGUCAUAUGUGGAUGUGGAGCUCAGAGCAGCGCAUUAACUCUGCAAAACGUGCCCCUCUAUGUCGCUCUGCACUUGUUAUCAUCAGUGCGGUAAAGAUCAAACCAAAAAAUACAUUCAAUUGGUUAUGAUGGCUGUUUGUGUAAAACUGCUCUUUGGUUUCUUAAUUACGUCCCUUGAACCUCGUUGGAAAGGGUUUUAGCCAGGAAAUUUUAUUAAAAUUUCAAGGUAUAUAGUAAAGUUAAUAUUCAUCCAGGUUCCCUCAGUUAUACUGACGUAUACCAGUACAUGUGUGUAAAGAUGUAAAUGCUGUUUUGUAGGAGAGUGUAAAGUAAAAAAAAAUGUUACUGGAAGACUUGAUAGAUAUUUGAGGCAAGAGAAACAUCAUAGAGCUGUGAUGUAAGAGAGGAAAUGUCAUUUUCUUGUUUUGUUUUUUAAAUUCUGUUUUACAAUCAGAGGCACCUGUGUACAUAUGAUCUCUUUCUGUAACUAAAAUGAUUUAGAUACCUUUGUCUUGACUGUAUAUUUUAUUGAAAAAUAAAUUUACAGAAGCUGCAAAAAA